CUACGUUACCAUUAAUAGCAAAAACAAAAAGACUCAAACAAGAGGCGACGCUCGUCUCCUUGCUCCAGGUUGCUUCACUACCCCCCCAUGCAACCGCACACUUGCCACCUUUCUUCUGAGCUCCCACCAACGGCCUGCUCAAUUACCUAAAUGCCCCUUCUAGUCCCGAAUGCGUCCGUCGAGGCCAGGGUCAAUUUCGUCCUCACGCCCUCGCCUCCUCACGCUACGUGCCCAGAUUCCUCUCCCCCUCCCUCCCCUGAUACUUUUCAUGGCUCCCUAUAAAUAUCUCUCUCGCUCCCCUCAUUUUCCCAUCCAAUUAAUGUUUUCUUUUUUGAAUUCUGAGCAGGUUUAGUUCGCAUUUUAACGCUUAAAAAAUCUUAGCGAAAUCUGUUAAAAAUAGGGGUUUUCCGGUAGCGAUCGAAGGGGAGAAACCCGAAGGAGGAGAGAAAAAGAUUUCGACUCUGGGUUUAAUAAGGGUACAGCUGGAGGGUAUUUAAGUCUUUUUUUUUUGGCUAUUAAAAGGCUAAGCUACUAACUUUGGCGAGUGGGGAGCAGAUGACUUCCCUUAACCAAAAUUAGCAAAACAGAAAGGAAGAAAAAAAUUUCGUUUUUUUUUGUUUUUUUUACUUCUAGUUUUUACCCUAAUUUAAUGGAUCUCAUCUUCUUCCCCCUCUGAAUGAGAUUAGGCUCAGUAAUUAGAGAGGGUAAAAUGGCGUGUACCUCCAUCAGAAUCACCUCAUCAGCAACCUCGCCGGCGACGACGGCGGAUAUCCCCGGAAUGCGGCGAUCGGAGUCAGCCAAGGACCUCCGCUGCGACCGCGGAACCAAAAUCCGGCGAUCUCGAUCGGAGCCUCAGCUGAAAUGCUCGCUCAACGUCCCCAAAGCAGCCCUAACAACGAAAUCGAAGAGCAUUGGUAAGUUCCCCUUCAACUUCGCGAUUCCGAAGAUCCUCUCGGAUUACGACGAGACGAGCAGCAGAUCGAGCCUCGGCCUGGUCGAUCAAGAUCGGGAAGACGCCGACGAUAAUGCUUUAAUGAAGAGAGGGAAUUGGGUCGAGAGGAUUCUGGAGCUGCGAUCGAAGUGGAGGUCUCGGAAAGAGAAAGAGGAGGAGGAGGUUAAUGGAGAUGCAGGAGAUUUUUAUUGCGGGGUUUCGUAUGAAUCCGACGAAGAGGAGAAAACGGAGGUUGAGGACGAGGAAUGGGAUUCUGUUAAGUUCGGGAGGUUGUUGACGAGGGUUUCUUGGUCGGAGACGAAGAUGAUGGCCAAGCUCGCAUUUUUGUGCAACAUGGCCUACGCUAUUCCUGAGAUCAAGGUAAAUUUCAAGUUUCGUGCGGUGGUGGCGGCGGAGGAGGAGGCGAGGCUGGCAGGGGCGAAAGGGGCUGCGUCGGUGGCAUCGUGCUGCGAAGUGUUUUUGUGUGCGCGAUCCGGCACGUGCACCCGGUGCUUCGUCAUCCAGGGUUCUGACUCAUUGGCAUCCUGGCAAGCCAACCUUAUGUUUGAUCCUACCAAAUUUGAGGGAACCGAGGUGUUAGUUCACCGAGGAAUCUACGAAGCAGCAAAGGGAAUAUACGAUCAAUUCAUGCCCGAGAUCAAAACCCAUUUAAAACGCUACGGUAACCAAGCCAAGUUCAGGUUCACAGGCCACUCUCUGGGAGGCAGCCUCUCAUUGCUCGUCAACCUCAUGCUCUGUGCUAGGAAUGCAGUCCCGUUGUCCUCUCUUCUUCCUGUUGUUACAUUUGGAUCUCCAUCGGUUUUCUGUGGUGGAAGAAGAGUGGUUGAUGCACUUGGGCUCGAUGAAGGGCACAUUUUAUCGGUGAUGUUGCAUAGGGAUAUUGUGCCUAGAGCCUUUUCGUGUAGUUAUCCUCAUCAUGUCGCGCAAUUGCUCAAGCGUCUUAAUGGCUCAUUUCGGUCUCAUCCUUGUCUCAGCGGAGAGAAAUUGCUGUAUUCUCCUCUUGGAAAGUUCCUAAUCCUGCAACCCAACGAAAAAUUAUCUCCCCCGCACCCUCUCCUUCCCCCUGGACCCGCCCUCUACUCUCUCGACAAAAAUCACAUCACCACCCAUGCACGCGCCAUAAAAGCCUUUCUCAACUCCCCUCACCCUCUUGAAACCCUAAGCAGCCCAUCGGCCUAUGGAUCCGAGGGCACAAUCAUCAGAGACCACGACUCUAGCAACUACCUCAAGGCCAUCAAUGGCCUCAUCAAGCAGCACACGAGCGCGUACGUUAUGAGGCCGAAGAAGCAGAGGUUGAGCUAUUUGUGGCCUCUGAGCCUUGAGAAGCCGGUGUUGGUUAAGGAAGUCGCCAGCACUUGAUCAGCUUGAGGAAAGUAUCGGAGUCAAUCAUUCUCAUUAACUUUUGUAUAAUUAUAGAAAAUAUGUACGUUUGUCAGCCUUCCUGUAUAUGAUAAUCCUCCCGUUGUCACCCCUUCUGUAUCUGUAGCUAUAUAUAUCUAUAGGGCUAAAUAUAUGUUGUCUAGAUGUGUAUGUUUCGGUUAUGGAUCGAUACCAAAUAAAAAAAAUGAUAUAUAGCUUGUAAAUUAUCUCUACCAAAUCAAAUAAA